AUGUUUGGUGUCAGAUUUGUCGCCUGCAGGUAUGACCGUAGCGCUACCGGCCCAGCUUUACCGAUUUACCUGAUAUGUUGUAGGGGGAGGUUCCAUUAAUACUUGAUUUAUACUUACUACAUAUUGUGGUCUAGGUGUGUGUUGUGUAUAUUCGCAUUUUUUUUUUUUUGUUUAGUAGAGAAAUGACACGAGCUGAGAUAUGUUGUUGUUGACAUUCGUUUGUGUGCUGACGAAGAUAGUGUGGGCCUGAGUGUUUUACUCUCUUAGCUGAUUGAAAAGACUGCUCUUACAUCGUACAUUCUGGUGAAUCUUACUUGUGGAGCCUUGCCCAUUAUCCAUGGCCUUCUGAUUCACACGGAAGCUGAGAAAGGUCUUUACAAACGGAACACGCGAGGAGACUAAGGUCAUGUCGCAUACUGAAUAUGAUAUUACGGCGGUAAUAUAUAGUCACUGGUGGAAACUGUAAUAGUUUAAGAUCAUUUUAAAUGUUACUUCAAUAAUUCUAAACGAUUUCAUUUUAUCUGCUCUAAUUUUAUGUAAGAAUUCUAAUCUAGUGCGUAAGUAAUCGAGAUCAGGUUAUGAAUAUCGAAUCAAUCACAUUUCAAGCAUAGUUAAGUCUGUUGUGAGUUAUGUGUGUUAAAAUAGAGACGAGCCGGAACAUUAUACAGUUUCAAAUUUCCUGAACAAAAUCACGGGGGUGUUAUCCCAUCUCGGGUUUACCUGGCAUACCUGUGUAGCUAAACAAACUCGCUAAGGUAAUAUUGAGUAUAAUACUGUACCUGUACAGAGUUCAGGGAACACAUGUCCAUAUGUACAUAUAUUGCUACUUGGGCGUAAAUAUAACCAGAAGCUGUACACAGCGCAAACUAGUUAUUUUCGUUUGGAUCUAGUGCGGAGCAGCAGAUCUCUAUAGGCUGGAGGGAUGCUGGAACAACGAUGACAGCUCAUCUUCAGGACUGUCUCUGAUGGAAGUGCAAUACAUGUAAUUAAAUUGUGAAUUGGCCUAAAUUUUGUAUUCAUAACAAUAUUCUUGGAAUUCCCUUAUUUAAAUGGAUGUCUCGAAGAGAUGUGAAUUCCAGCUGGGAAAUGUUUGAAUGAAAAAUGGAUAUACAAUAGGAUGUGAAUAUAAAUUCUAAAGAACGCUGGCGGAGUGGAAAAUCCAUCACGGAUGAGGAAAAUCAUAUUUACAGUUUCGGAAACUCGGUGUGUGUGUUUUAUAUUAAGCUGUACAGGUGUAUUCUGAAUACGUUUAGCGACACAAAAUGUCUGAUUUCGAGCACACGUCGCCGAUGGCUACUGACACCCUCCUCCCCGGGGGUCGGGACGGUGAAGUGGAGAGCGGUCACCUGGACUCAAAUGUUCAACCACAAGUCAAGUCCCAGGACUCAAGUCUUUGUACCAUAGUCAUCGCGGCUUACGAGGAAUCAGAGGACUUGAUGACCUUUAUAUCACAGGUGUUUUCAUCCAUAGACCAUACAGUGUUUGGAUAUACAGUGUCAGUCAGCAGUUUUAUCACGGGACUCUUGGCAUUUGUAUUAGGGAUCCUGCGCUACGGUUCCUGUCCCUGUGAGCCAUGCGUCCCUAUGUUUCUAGCGGUCGGAGGAUGUGCACUGAUGUUGCGCGCAAUUUGUAAAGUAUUGGGUUGGUGCUGCAACAGCCGGAAGACGUGUGACGAAACGGAACCAAACGUUCUUCAAACUCUGCAUAGCAUUCUCGGAAUUCUGGUUUUAUUUUGGACAAUACCAGGAAUUGUGUGGAUAUUCGGUAUAAUCCACAAGGUGGAUACCAGUCAUGCUGAAAGUGGUAAUUACUGUGACUACGUGUUGUACUGGUUUACGGUGUCAUUCCUUGGAGUGAUAUUCCUGGUGUUGUUACUGCAGGCCUCCCUUCUUAUCGCUAUGUGUAUAGUGCAUAACUAUAUGUAUACUCACACAGACUACUCCAACUUCGACAACGACGAAAGCGUGGUCAACGAAACAAUAGAGGAUUGUCAUCUGUCCUCGGAAGGCACAGUUUGACGGGAUGCUUGUCCCAAAAAAACUGGAAACAUUGAAAGCUGUGACUUGGAUGAUACAGCAUUGAGCUACCUAGUGCAACCUAUUAUGAUCAUAAUGCUAUAAAUGUUCCAUUACUUGUAUAAGUAACAUCAUACCAACAUUUGUCGAAUUAAGCUUCAUCCAGCCGGAUAAUGCAAUAAUGUGAUAGAUCUCAACAAUGUACAUAAUGAUCGUAUAAUUGGUACGUCUGAUGGGAUUAUUUGAUGACGUGGUAGAAAUAAGUAAUGUCUCCAUAACGAAACAUUGAUAUGGUGGGGAUAUUCAGUAAUAAAUAAAACAUGUUCCUAAGGACUGUGAAAAUAUUAGUUAUCCUACAUUAUGAAAAAAAUUGUUACACAAUUAACCGUGUCAGAAUGUUGAAUGGUAGACAUGUAUAUUGUGAUUAUGGCUUUGACUAGAAGUAAUCAAUGCUUUGACGUGAGUAAUGAUGAUUUCAUCUGGAUGGAACUCAGAAUAUCGCAAUACAAUUCAUAGUAAUGAAUGUAUUUAACGUUGACAGAAUAAUGAAUGUAUUUAACGUUGACAGAAUAAUGAAUGAAGCGCAUAUCACCUAAGUUACACCUAGCAGUAACUUUAAACAGUUAGAAAAACGUCUAGGAUACACCUAACGAUAACUCUGAGUAUUAUCAAAAGUGCCCUUGUGACGCAUACCGUUUACCAAGAACAUUAUGGAAAGUGAGGGGAAAAUACGCUUAGCGGUAAUUCUAGAAACAUGGUGGAUUUGGCUAUUGGCUUCAAGUUUAUGAGAGGUAUGUUGAAAAAAUGAAAGAAUGUUGAUAAUGUUUAUUUGAAUUUAGAGUUACAAAUAUAAAUACAGAUUUAAUAGUUUUAAACAUGCUUACGUGUAAAUCGCACACUCGGAAACUGGUAUACUUCUUGUUCUAAGAAAAUAGAUGUCUCGCUCCCAAGCUUUUGUAAACGUUUUACAGCAGUGCAUCGCUUCACGGCUAUGUUUUGGUGUAUUUAGAUGAUUUGCAUAGAAAGCAAAUUAGGCAGAUUUAACGGUGCAUUGAUAUCAAACUUAUCAUCGAUUCCUAUUGUUUUAUAUAUCAUUACAGAAAAACUCUUUGGUAAUGUGUGAUGUUCUGACAGCGAUCGUCUCCCUUGAACAAGCUUUGCCGCUUUUAACGUGACACACUUAUUUGAUUAGAUUUUGCAUUGUGGUCUCUCAAUAUAUCUUGAACGAAUUUAAAGAUUGAAGAUAUAGUUUAGGUCAAAUGACAUUAUUAUGACGCAAUUUUGACACCAUGAUAACCUUCGUUACGUCAAUACUUUGUAUAUUACCUUUAUCGAUACUACAGUAUCAAAUAUUUAGAUAUUUUUGAUUUUCAUGAAUAUCAUUCAGUAAUAAAAACGGCAGGAAAAGCCUAAAUGUCUGUCCUGGAGAAACGUAGUGGUCGUCAAAUUGUAUUUAUCGCCAAUAUGAGUACAAUUGUGGCGAAAAGAUAAGCAAAAUUUUCAACAUAACUAAGUGUUGAUCUAUCACCAGGAUUCAUUCAUAUAACGAUAAAUGCAAUCUGUCAACCGUUCAAGUUGUUUUUUUUUUUAUUUUUAUUUUCCUCUAUUUAAUUAUUAUAAUGUUGUUUUUUUAAUUGUUGGGUCUAUUUACUGACAAAAAAAAUUGUGAAAAUUAUAAUCAUAUAAAUCAUCACUAAAAAAGCGGAAUUGCGUGUUAUCUGAGGCGACCUACCAAGCGUCGACGUAACGUAGGUCAACUUGAGACAGAAUGACGUAAUAUUAUUAUCUUUUCAUUGAAAAUGUAUUUCUAUUCCCUGUUAUAAUAACAUCUAGAUUAUCACUGAAUUAUUGAGUGACCACUGCUUAAAAUGUAAAUAUAUAUAGCUAGGGCGCGUGCACAUUGGCACAGAGUCAGUGAUUUGAAGCAUUGAGGGCCGACAUUACAGGUUUGUAAGACUUAUUUCUGUACUGAUGUAUUUGUUUACCCAUUACUUCGAACUAAUCAAAACCAUUGAUAAGUACGUCAAUCUUUUAAUUCGAUAUCAUUUGUAGACUAUUUUGUCAACGUUUCACUGUCUACGACCAUUUUAAUGCUUAUUUAUUUUAUGUCCAACACUCAUGUAUGACAUGUUGCAAGUUAUAAACAUGUGAAGUUGUCUUAUGUUCACAUUAAAACAUAAUAUAUGCUAUUAUUA